AUGGAACCUGUUUCCAAUCAAGACUCAUCACUUAGUGUAGGCCAACAGAAGCCAUUAUUACCUUCAAAGAGAAAAGCUACAACAGAAUCCUUCUCCAAUAAUCCCUUACCUCUUCAUUCAUCAAUUCCAAACAAACGUGUAGUUCAAAUAGAUGCUCAUGUAAAUUCAAGUUCACCUCGUGUGUCACCACUCUCUGUGAACAAGAAACAAACGCAAGUUCAAAGUGAGUCAUAUGUAUGUGCAAAAAUAAGGGAAAAUUUAGCUGCUGCUUUGUCUGUUGGCAUUCAGAACAAAGAGGAACUUUCAAAUGAAGAUAAGAAUGUGGGCCCUCAGUCUACACCUACUACUGACGUGGACAUCAAGGAGACAAGUGAGGGACAAAAGCCUCAGUAUAACUAUGGAAAUGGGUUGUCAUGGGCAUGGGAUAUGGAAGUAGAUGAAAAGUCAAAUUUAGUGCCAAUACGUCAACAGGGUCAAGGUGUUGAAAAUGGAAAUGGUAAUGGUGUUGAAGAGGUGAUUGAUUAUCCUCAAGAAUUGGGUUUGAAGAUUGAAGGUGAACUGUUUAAGCUGUUUGGAGGUGUGAAUGAGAAGUAUAAAGCAAAGGGUAGGUCUUUGAUGUUCAAUUUAAAAGACCGAAGUAACCCUAAGCUUAGAGAGAAAGUUCUAUUCGGUAAAAUCUCGCCUGAAAGAUUGUGUUCAAUGACACCAGAGGAACUUGCUUCUAUGGAGCUUUCGGAAUGGCGAAUGGCAAAAGCUGAGGAAUUGGAUAAAAUGAUAGUAUUACCUGAUUUUGAUGUUGAUAGGAGGCGUUUGGUUAAAAAAACACAUAAGAGUGAGUAUCAGGUGGUUGGCUUUGAACAUGUCCUUUGUUUAUUUUUCUUGUUUGUAAUUGCAAAAAUGGGGUCUAAACCAGUGGAGUAUUUAAUAAAGGCUUCAUCAAGGGCACACUUUUCUGGAUUUCACAUGAAUGGGAUGCAGGCAAGAAGUUCACAGUUACAGGAAGGGUAG